CCGGACUUUGUUGAAGACCACAUGUGACUGGAUGAUGGAAGAGCUCGACAACCUGCUGCUAGAAAUCUAUUAAAUAAAAUCAGUGGAUUACUAUUUAAAAAGGUUGGGGAAAGCUUCCUGCGACUUGCCAUGGGCCUGACUAAACAGUACCUGCGCUACACCCCCUCUGCUGUUUUCGGUGUGAUUGGCAGCCAGAAAUCCAACAUCGUGUUUGUGACCCUGAGGGGCGGUGAGAGGGGGAGAUACGUAGCGGUGGGAGCCUGCGAGCAUGUGUUCAUAUGGGAUGUGCGAAAAGCGGAGAAGGUUUUAAUCCUUGAGGGUAAUAAACAUGAGGUGACAUAUCUCUGCCCCUCUCCUGAUGGUGUCCACAUAGCUGUGGGCUAUGAGGAUGGCAGUGUGCGCAUCUUCAGUCUAUUAAAUGGUGAAAGCAACGUCUCCUUUAAUGGACAUAAAUCUGCUGUCACAAGCAUCCAGUAUGAUGCCCUGGGAGCACGGCUUGUCACUGGGUCCAGGGACACAGACGUGAUUGUGUGGGAUGUGAUAAACGAGUGUGGAUUGUACAGACUCAAAGGGCACAAAGAUGCCAUCACACAGGCUUUGUUCUUAAAGAACAAAAAUCUGCUGGUGACAAGCUCGAAGGACAGUUUUGUGAAAUGGUGGGACUUGGAUACCCAGCACUGUUUUAAGACCAUGGUGGGCCACCGAAGUGAGGUAUGGGGAAUGGUUCUGUUGAAUCAGGAGAACAGGCUGCUGACUGGCUCAGCUGACAGUGAGCUCCGAGCUUGGGACAUUGACUACCUGGAGGAGAAGAAAGAAGUGGGGGAACCACGGGAGAAAAAAGGGAAAAGUCUUUUUGAUGAUGAUGACGACAAUGAAGAUGAAGGCCCUAAUGAAGACCCAGAGGAGAGAAUCCUCAGCUGUAAGAAAGCCGGCUCUGUUCUGAGGGAAGCCAGAGACAGGGUUGUGUCUUUGACUGCUGACCCCAAAGCUAAAGUCUUAGCAUGUCAUGGCCUAGAUGCCAAUCUGGAGAUCUUUGCUGUGCUUCCAGAGGAGGAAAUUCAGAAGAAAAUGGAGAGAAAGUUGAAGAAAGCCAAGAAGAAGGCCAAGUCUCAGGAUGGAGAUGCUGAUGCAGCAGACCCAGUAGUGGAGAGAAAGUUGACAGAUGAGAUUCAAAAGCUGACCAAUAUAAAAGCCUCUUCCAAGAUCAGGUCUAUGGACUGUUUUCUGUCUCCUAAUGGUGAGAUGAAGAUUGCUCUGUUACUGCAGAAUAACACAGUAGAGACGUACACUCUGAAGACCACAGAGAAGAACGCUACUGGUACCAAGACCUGUCGGCUCACACUCGGGGGCCACCGCACCGACGUUAGAACUCUAACCUUCAGUUCUGACAACAUCGCUGUCCUCUCUGCCUCUGGAGAGACUGUCAAAGUGUGGAACAGAUCCACUUUGCAGGUGAUUCGCACCAUGGCAUGCGAGUAUGCCCUCUGCUCACUGUUUGUGCCUGGAGAUAGACAGAUUAUCAUAGGAACCAAGAGUGGAAAGAUUCAGAUUUUUGAUCUUGCAUCAGGAAGUCUGCUGGAGACUACAGAAGCACAUGAUGGAGCUCUGUGGUCCAUCUGCCUUUCUCCUGAUCAGAGGGGUAUCGUAACUGGAGGAGCAGACAAGACAGUGAAAUUCUGGGACUUUGAGCUCAUAAAAGACAAUAAAUCUGGACCAAACAAGAGACUUACGGUGAAACACACUCGCACGCUGCAGUUGGAUGAGGAUGUACUGUGUGUGUGCUACAGUCCUAAUCAGAGACUGCUGGCUGUCUCUCUGCUCGACUGCACUGUGAAGAUAUUCUACACAGAUACACUAAAGUUUUUCCUGUCCCUGUAUGGACACAAACUGCCUGUGCUCUGCAUGGACAUUUCACAUGAUAGUGCAUUGAUAGUCACUGGAUCAGCAGACAGAAAUGUGAAAGUGUGGGGUUUGGACUUUGGUGACUGCCAUCGUUCAAUGUUUGCACAUGAUGACAGUGUAAUGUUCCUUCAGUUUGUUCCAAAAACCCAUCUGUUCUUCACAGCGGGGAAGGACAGGAAGAUCAAACAGUGGGACGCAGACAAGUUUGAGCACAUCCAGACACUGGAGGGUCACAAAGGUGAAGUAUGGUGCCUUGCCAUCAGUCCCAAUGGAGACCACAUCGUCUCCUCCUCUCACGAUAAGUCCCUCAGGCUUUGGGAAAGAACAAGGGAGCCUAUCAUUCUGGAGGAGGAGAAGGAGAUGGAAAGAGAAGCAGAAUUUGAAGAAUCUUUGUCCAAAGGAGAUGAGCCUGUGGUUCCUGGAGAGGCCAAGGGAGAAGCAGAGCCUGCAGGAAAGAAGACUAUAGAGACAGUCAAAGCUGCUGAGCGUAUAAUGGAGGCUCUAGAACUCUACAGAAAGGAGAGCAAGAUGCUAGAGGAGCACGCAGCUGCUUGCAAGGCAGAAGGGAAGGAGUUACCACCCCCUCCAACGAACCCCAUCCUUAUGGCCUAUGGUAGUAUCUCGCCCUCUUGCUAUGUGCUGGAGGUCCUCAAGAAGGUCCGGUCCAGUGAGCUGGAGGUUUCUCUGCUGGUGCUGCCGUUCCCCUACGUCCCCGAUCUGCUCUCCCUCUUCAACACCUACAUACAGCAGGGCCUAGAGGUGGAGCUGGUCUGCCGCUGCCUCUUCUUCUUGCUCAAAAUCCACUUUGGUCAGAUCACCAGUAACCAGAUGCUGCUGUCAGUUAUCGAUGAGUUGAGAACCAACACUAUCUCCAAAGUCCGCGAAAUCAGAGAUGUGCUGGGCUUCAACAGUGCAGGCCUUCAGUUCCUCCAGCGGGAGAUCGAGAGUAAAGAAGAUGUGAUGUUCUUUGCUGAUGCCACAGGUCGCUUUGAGGAGAAGAAGAGAAAGAGGAGAAAGAGAGAAAGAGCCAUUCUGACCAUUACAUGAACCAGUUCAAGAAACCAACCAAGCUAGAAAAUGCCAUCUAGGACUGUCUGUCUUUGUUCUUCAUGAACCCUGUGAUGGUCAGAUCUUGAUGUUUCGAGAUGUUCACCAUGUUUAGAUUUUUUUAUAAGCUUGGAUGUGAUGUAUUUGCAUUUGUAGUAGUCUUAUAAUAAUUAAUUUUUUCAUUGACCUACUGCCUGAAUUUGAGUCUCUUAUUUACAUGAUUUUGAAAUAUACUUUCAUGUCAUCAUAAUGUA